AUGACCACCAGACUAGUCACCUUGACCGUGUACGCACUCCUGGUGUGUACCAAUGUACACGCCUUGACCAAGGUGGAGACGGCCAGGUCCAUCGACGACCUCCGGUACGUCCUGGGCUCCAACUACAAGUUGUUUGUGGCAUCUUACUGGCGCUUUUUGAUCUCCUCUUGUGACGUGCUAGGGGAUAAAAUGUUGGAGGACCUUUCCAACGGAUACUUACAGAAAUAUUGUCUAUUUGUAAACAAAUGUCCAGAGCUGUACAUAACCCAGUCUUGCCUCAUCACCACCGUCGCUUUCUCUAUUCGAGUCAUGUGUUGUCCAGAGAGAACCUGCAGUAACGGUGUUGUGCCGGUGGUCUCCAGGAUAUACGGGGGUAACACCACAAGAAGGGGGGAGUUCCCCUGGCUCGCCAUGCUCUGGGCCGAAGGGAAGUUACCAUGCAGCGGCAUCAUUCUAGACCAGAUGCAUGUCCUGACCGCUGCUCACUGUCUUUACACCGACCCAGAAAAAUUCGAAGUUUUGGUGGGUAAACACAAAAGUACCCAUGACGUCACAGAAGUCGGUGCGCAGAGUUAUCGUAUCAAAUCCUUUAAAAAACACCCGGACUACAGGGAAACACGCUCGGGUAACGAUAUAGCGAUGAUAACCCUAGAGUCGCCACUCCAAUGGUCCGAGUACGUGAACUUUGCCUGUUUACCUCGACCUCAAGACAAGGCAGAGGCCAGGUGUACGGUCGCUGGUUGGGGCUACAUUAACUCAGCCGACCAGAGCCCGGAAGUGCUGAUGAAGACGGAACUGGAUGUCUACAACUCGACCCAGUGCCUGAAGAUCUUUAACCAGACGGCCCAGCCGCCUGGGAUCCUGUCUACCAUCUUGAACGACGGUACCAUUUGUGCGGCAAAUGGAACCUCUGGAGGGAAGGAUGCCUGUAAUGGUGAUUCCGGUGGGCCCCUCAUGUGUCUUCAAAGUUCGGUAAAUGGACCAGCCUACUUUGUUUACGGUAUCGUCUCCAAUGCCUACAGAUGCGCCAAGGCUGGCGAGCCCGGGAUAUACACCAACGUGCCGUACUAUUUAGACUGGAUAAGUCAAAACUUGAACUGAUGGACCGAAACAAAACUUUAAAGACCAGUCGACAAGGAUUACUCAAAGCAAAAUGUUUUUAAUCGCUCAAUGUGCACAAGAAAUGUAAUUCAGGGACUUGAUUUCUACUAAAUAUUGGGGGUACC